AUCAGAUAUUAAGGCCUCCCCUAUGAAAGAUGUCAGGUACCAAGUAAGCAACAAAGACACAAUUAGAUCACAAACAUGGAACUAUGGUGUAUAAUUAUUGUAACAACAUUCAUUGCAGCAUUAGUAGCUUACCUUACCUUAAAUUCAAAACCAAACUCAAAAAAAUUGCCUCCAGGACCCCAAACUAUACCAAUUGUUACCAUUAUUAUAUGGUUGAGAAGAUCAUUUGUAGAAUCACAAGCAGCUCUUAGAGCACUUAGCUCCAAAUUUGGUCCCAUUGUCACCUUAUCAUCAUCUCCUUCACGCCCUGUGAUAUUCAUAUUUGAUGGCGCUUUAGCCUACCAAGCUCUAGUUCAGAAAGGAAGCUUAUUUGCUGACCGUCCUAAGCCACUUCAUAUUCCAAAGAUAAUCAGCAGUAACCAGCACACUAUCACUUUAGCAGGUUAUGGACCCUUGUGGCACCUCCUUCGUCGUAAUCUAACAUCCAUGAUCCUCCACCCUGCUCGGAUCAUGGAUUUCCACUCAGCUCGCAAGUGGGUCCUCAACAUUCACCUAAAUCGUCUAAGGACAUCAUCGGGUGCAGGUCCUGUCAAGGUGGUGGAUCACUUUCAGUUUUCUAUGUUCCAUUUGCUGGUGGUCAUGUGUUUUGGGGAUAAGAUGGAAGAAUCACAGAUUGAAGAGAUCAAAGCGGCUUUUCAGGAGUUACUGGCUUCUUUGUUCUCUCGCUUUCGAGUACUCAAUUUUAGGCAAGCUUGGUUAACAAGAAUUUUGUUUCGAGGUCGCUGGAAUGAGUUCUACAAGUUGAAGAAGAAACAGGAAGAUCUGCUUAUCCCUUACAUAAGAAAACAGAUUAGCAGAACUAAAAGUGAAAGUACUUGUUACUUGGAUACAUUGCUAACACUAGAAAUCCCCUGUGGUACAAAUGAAAGCAUUACAUCAGGAACAAGAAAGCUAAAUGAAGAAGAGUUGGUGAGUCUUUGUUUUGAGUUUCUUAAUGCAGGAACUGAUACCACUUCAACAACCUUGCAAUGGAUAAUGGCUAAUCUUGUUAAGUACCCGAACAUCCAAUAUAAGCUUUUCGAAGAAAUUAAAGGAGUUGUUGGAGAAGUAGCAACAGAAGUUCGCGAAGAUGCACUAUCAAAGAUGCCUUAUCUUAAGGCCGUGGUAUUAGAGGGACUAAGACGGCAUCCCCCAGGUCACUUUGUAUUGCCUCAUAGUGUGACACAAGAGGCUGAAUUGGGUGGCUACAAAAUACCCAAAAAUGCAUCCAUUAACUUUGCAGUAGCUGAGAUGGGUUGGGAUUCUGAGGUGUGGGAGGAUCCGAUGAUGUUUAAGCCUGAGAGAUUCAUGGGGAUGAUCAUGGACCGCGAUAUUAAUCUUGAAGAAUUUGACAUGAUAGGAUUUGGAAGUCAUGAAAUAAAGAUGAUGCCUUUUGGCGCGGGAAGGAGGAUAUGUCCAGGCCGUGGCUUAGCUCUGCUACAUCUAGAGUACUUUGUAGCUAAUCUGGUCUGGAAUUUUGAAUGGAAAGCUAUAGAAGGAGACGAGGUUGAUUUGGCAGAGAAGCAAGAGUUUACCAUUGUAAUGAAGCAUCCCCUUCAUACUCAAAUCUCUCCUAGGCAAGCUAUGUGCUAAAGAUUUAGAUGCUAUUCCUAUAUUUGUUAUCAGUUCCCUGUU